CAGCGCUUGAAUCUGACGUUGAUGAUGAGCAUAACUUUACAGCUUCCGCUGAGCCAACAACUGCAGCGCUGGCCACGCACAUUACGCCGGAUAGUUUGCAUUAUGAAGAUGUGCUGCCGCCUGUGCAUCAAAUAUUUGACAAUAGUUGUAGCAACAGCAACAGCAACAGCAGCAGCAGCCAGUCGACUGAUGCUAGCCAAGUAGCUGAAAUUUUGCCAAACUCAACAAAUGCUCCUGCUGGCUCCAAAUUAUUAUUGUCGGCGUCGAGUCCGAGGCAUGCUGGGUCAACAGCAGCAGCAACAGCCGCAGCAGCAGCAACAUCCCCAACAGCAACAGCAACAACAACUCUUACAACAGCAGCAACAUCACCGCAUGUCACUGCAAAUGUUGUCAGCGCUUUAGCAGCGGGCGCCACAACAACGACAAAUGCGAGAACGAGAGCCCAAAAGACGACAGCAGCAAAUCGCGAUUAUGACGAUGAUGACGAGCACAACGACAGUAACAAUAACAACGACAAGGAGCAGGAGCAGGAGCAGAAGUCGGAGCAGAAGCAGGCUGAAGCUGAGGACCACGAGCUGGUUGGCAGGCCGCGGGCAAGUCAGAAGCGUGCAGCACAAACGACACAAUCGCGAAAUCCCAUCAGACGCGCUCACAGCGAAAGGCAUUUGUCUGCCGCGCCCAGCUCCAACGACGCCAGCGAGUCGAGGCCACAGCCUGGCCAGGCUCGGAGUCUGGCUGCGGCCAGUGGGCCGCAGAAUGUCAUUUUAAAUUUUAAGGACACAAUGGCGCUGCGCAUGAAAAGCAACCGCAACGACUCGAGAGAUUUAUUUCAAAGGCGGCCCACGGAGCCGCCGCCGCCGCCGCCAACCGCAAACGGAUUAGAGAAGCAGCCAACGCCGCCGCCGCAAAUCAAUAAGUCAACUGCUCCACGUCAGCAAAGGACCGUGGUCCGUGUGGCGCCCUUCAACCAGAGCAGCGAGGUGCAUCGCCUGAAAAUCUCCCAUAGCGAAGCAGAUGGAGCGCAUCCCCUGGAGCACAAUGCCACAGCCGCGGCCACACGGCUGCUGCUGCUCUCGUCAACAGACGUUGGGCCGGAUGUGGCGCCCAAGAAGACGUCGAUACUGAUUAACGGCGACGAUUGCUACUCGACAAUGAACCUGAGCACAGAUGCCGCCCAGCCGCUGUACCAGUCCUCCGUGGUGGUCAAUAGCCAGACGGCGACGGGCGUCUGCAUCAGCGUGAGCAGCGCCGAGGAGCUCAUCGAGCAGCACAAUCUACUGAAUACGCUGCGCAGUCAGCAGCAGCAGCAUAUGGCUGCGAUUAUUCCCAUCCGUAGCAGCAUUGGUGGCGAGGUGAAUUUACAGCGUUCCGCCUCCUGCAUCUCGUCUACCUCGAGUAGCUCGACGUCAAGCAGCAGCAGCUCCAGCGGACGCGGCCGCACGCUCAUCCGGCUCGACUAUGACAAAGAUCUGCCCAUCAGGCAGCUGGCGGCUACCACAACCACGCCCAUUAACACACCAUCGCCACCGCCUACAAUCUGCUCAACGCCAGCGACGCCGCCGCCGGCGCCGUCACCGCCCUCGCCCGAUGCGGAGCUGGUACCGCACGAGACGGAGCUGCUGAAAAUUCUGCGCAAUCCCGUUGAGGCUGUCAAGCGCAAUCUGGUACCGCAUGUCUGCGGCUUGAGGGUGCCCUCCGGUCUAGAAACGACGCGUAGCAAAAAAAUGCAGGAGACAGCAGGAACAGCUGCCACGCCCACCAAGGAGGCGAGCAGCUUUAUAGCCAAGCUGCUGCAGGAUCCGAUGCUGGGCCAGGUGGCCGACGGCCUGGAGACGGACACCGUCGCGGAGCUGAUCGAGAACUCGCUGCAGCGUCUGCAACGGACACGGCAAACGAUCGAUAUGAGCGGCACCAAAGAUCACGACGACAUGAACCGGCUGAUCAGCGUCUCGCUGCAGCGGGUGCGCCUGGAGCGACAGCCCGGGGGGGCGAGCGGCACCAAAGAGGAGGACGACCGGCUUUCGAAUCGCGGCAGCAUUAGCUCCGCCAACAGCUUCGCCUCCGCCCACAACUACGAGCUGUUCGAUUUUGAGACGGCCGCCAACGAGUCCGACUGCUAUCAGAGCUGCUCCAGCGAACUGGCAGCUGCCGGAGCACUCGAGGAGGAGCAGGAUCAAACGGAGCCGGAGCCGGAACCGGAGCUGGUGUCCCCACCGGAGGUGGAUGCGUCUACGCGCGCCAAGUUCUAUCAGCUGCUGGUGGAUGCGACGCUGGCCGAGAUCGAGCACAGCACGACACACACGGAAGCCGAGCACCAUUACGAGUCCAUACGGCAUCAGGUGGAUCCCAUUUACGAAGAGAUCAACGAGGUGCCGCCGCCGUUGCCGCUGACGGCACCGCCGCUGAACGACGCCGAGCUGGACAAGAAAGCGGCGCGCUCGAUAUUCGAGGGCGCAUCCAAAUACGAUAUACUCUCCUAUUUAGUGGACGCCAAGGAGCGGGGGCUGGUGCGCGAAGAGAGCUUCGACUACAGUAACAAUCCGAAGAUAAUCGAGGAGGAGGCCGCCGACACGCUCAGCGAGCUGGAGAAGCGCGUCAGUCACAGCGACGAUAGCCACAGCAAUAUGAGCUCCCUGUCGCCGCCGCCGCACAACUUCAUCUGCGGCAAGAGCGGCAGCGAUGUGGAGCGCCAGGACUCGGGCGUCGGCUCCGAGACAAGCAAAUCCUCGCGCAGCAAGUACCAGCUGCCGGCGGUGAGUCCGCUGCAUUUGUGCGAAGAUUGCGACGGCGCCGUCGAGACGCAGCUGAGCGAAGCGGGUGUCCUGUAUGCGCCGCUCGUGUGCCGCAAGUGCGGCAAGAAGCGCGUCGAGCGCAAGGAGAUCAUCACCGAGAUUGUCGAGACGGAGGAGAAAUAUGGCCGCGACUUGCAAAUCAUAUUGGAGGAGUUCUGCCAGCCGAUGCUGGUGGCCGGCCUGCUCAACCAGGAGCAGCUCUCCGCAAUCUUCCUCAAUACGGAAGACUUGCUCGAGAACAAUCAGACGCUGGCCGAGCGUAUGCGCGAUGCCCUCGACAUUGCUUUGGAGCAGGGCGACGACGAUCUGCUCACGGUUAAUAUUGGACGCAUCUUUCUGGACUUUACCCAAAUGCUGCACGCCUUCGAGAGCUACUGUGUGCGGCAGGCGGGCGCCAGCCUGCUGCUGGCGAAUCUCGAAAAGGAGAAGGAGCUGCUGCGCAUCUUCCUCAAGGUAUCCCAAAUGGAGAACGCCGUGCUGCGUCGCAUGAAUCUCAACUCGUUUCUCAUGGUGCCCGUGCAGCGUGUCACCAAGUAUCCAUUGCUGUUGGCGCGUUUGUAUAAGGUGACGCCCGCCCAUCUGGACGGACGUGAGCUGCUGAAACAGGCGCAGGAGAAAAUUGAAUUGCAUUUGAAUCACAUCAACCAGGAGGCCAAGGAUGUCCCCACCAAACUGUGGCGCCGCAUCAGCUCCUCGAGUCCCAAUCGGCGCGCCUCGUGCGAAAUUGAUAUGAUAAACAUCAAGCUGCGCAAAAUGGCCAUCGACAUACUCGAGUGGAAUCAUGAUGAGGUCCGUUUCGCCAUGGAGGGCAAGCUGCUCUAUACACAGCCCGCCGACAGCAACUGGAAGAAGGCGCGCACCAUCAAGCUGAACCCAGUCAAUGCGCUGCUCGUGACCAAUGGCAAGCCAAGUGCCAAUUAUAGAGCAGAGAAGGCCACGUCGGAUAAACUGAAUUUCCCGAAGCACACCGGCAUUCGGGAGGCCUCGCUGCUGCUGGUGAAGGAGAAGUGCGGACGGUAUACGCUAACACGGGAGCCCUUGUAUCUGGACAGAUGUGUUGUGUGCAGCGAAGCGGAUUGGGAUGAUUAUUUCGAAGUGCAGGAAAUUUCAUCGAAGGACACAUUCAUAUUCAAAGCCGAGGACGGGCUGCGCACCAAACAGUGGUACACGCAGCUGCAGUAUCAUGCCCAGGGCAUGGGGGCGUGGCGCAAGAGGCGGAACGCCCUGGCCAACAUAAUGAUCAAUGGGAUGCUGACGCGCACUUAGCCAGGAAUUCGAGGAAGAACAAGAGGAGGAACAACAACAACAUUCGAAAUAUCAAAAUUGAUGCAGCAAAAGUGCAUUUAACAAAUUGGCGGCUUAAUUUGUAUUGAUGCGUUAUUAACCAGCAAAUUAAAUAAUUAUAAUUUAAGUGAUAUAUACACAAUUUACAAUAAAUACACCUACACAUACCA